ACUUGUUUCUCUCCUUUUUUUGUUGUUGUGUGUUCUGUCUGUCUUAUCCCCACGUAACCCCGUCCGUCCGUCCCAUCACACCUCUCCUUUUCCCUCUCCCUCCUUCCUGUUCGAUUUCGCCUGUCCGUUUCCUUCUCUCUCACUCCUCCUCGCGCCGGUUUGAAAUCUCCCCGGAACCGACGGACCGGGGCUGACGGCGGCCCGGGCUGUGGGCUGAUGACACCUUUUUAUGCACUGGCUUGUAACCAGGACGCUGUUCAAUUGACGUGGGGUGUUAAGAGUUUGCCUGAACUUGGCGGCGCUGAUGCUUUAGGGAUCCAGGUUUAAUGUCUGCUGGGAUGCGCUGCCUGGGCUGAUGUGGGAACUGGAGCAGCAAGUGGGGGGGCUGCGGCUGUACCCCGAAAAGGCCUGCGGGGAGGCAGCCGAGACGGACAGCUGGCCCAGCUCGGGUUUCUACGAGGGGGCCUCCUCCGCGGUGGCCUCAGACUCGCCAGCCUCCGGCUUCGGGGACUCUUCCGGCUUCCCCUCCGUCUCCGGCUCCUGCUCCCGCAUUGGCCAGGCCGAGUCGCGUGGCAGCUACGCCAGCGAGCGCCCCAAAUCCGUGGGCGAGGUGGGCAGCAGUGGCAAAGACAGUGCCGGGCGGGGCAUGGUUCCCCGCUCCUACUCGGCCCCCUACUCCAGCUCUCAGGACUACCCCUCCGAGCCGCCCCCGCGCCUCCCGCCCCGGGACAGCCUGGAUCCCUUCCUGUACCCCAGUCCCCUUCACGCUGUGGCCAUGCAGAACCCGCUGCUCCGCGGCCGCCUCUACGACGCUGCCCCCUUCUCGCCGGGCCUGGCCUAUGGGGCGGAGCAGGUCGGGGGGCUGGAGGAGUUCGGGGGGCAGGAGCUGCCCUGUUACCCCGAGGCCGCGCACUGCCACAAGGUGGAGAGCUACAUCUCGCGGCUGAUCCGCCGGCGCAGCCAGCUGGCGCGGGGCGGGAAACCCCGGACUAGCCUCAACGCUGAGCCGCCCGCCAAGGCGGUGGCCCGCCAGAACAGCCUCUGCAAGAGGCCCUCGGAGCUGCUGGCCCCACCGGCGGAGCGCAAGCACCCCCCGGCCAUGGAGCGGGGCAGCAGCACCCCCUCUCCCUGCGGCUACGAGGGUGGGGCCGGCGCGGCCGCCCGGAUCUGGUCGUCUUGGGACGCCGCGGCCGAGAGGACGCUGGUCGGCAAGGGGGCCCCCGAAGGCUACGCCCCCCCCCACUCCAGCCUCAAGAAGCCCCCCAAGCUGCAGGCGCUGGCCCACCUCCGGCCUGCCCUGUCGGUGGAUCACUACGAGGAGGGGCCGGGCGAGGAUUGCGCCCAUGCCAGGAACGGCCAGGAACCCCCUCCCUACGAGGAGCUGGGGGGCCGCCUCCCGCUGGCCUGCACCGAGGACGGGGCCUGCCAGAUGGUGAAGGCCCAGUACAUCCCGGCCCAGCAGCCCCCCCGUGCCCAGCAGGCCCAUCGAGGCGCCAAAAAGAAGCCCCCUCCCCUCACCAAGGGGCGCUCGAUGGAGCUGUCACCAGAGCGGGCCCUGGUGACAGCCAGGGAGAGGCCUCGGGCAGCGGCGAUGCCCAAGAAGUGCCGCUUCACCGAGGAAGGUGGGGAAGUGCCAGGGGGGCGCCGGGCGAGUGCCAGGAAAGGCUCCCCCCGAGGCAAGAAGGCAGCGCGCUCCCAGUCGGAGAACAGCCUCCUGAACAAGCCGGGCGCCUCGGGCACCAAGUACCACACGGUGGAGCGGGACGAGGUGGUGCUCAAGCCAUCCCGGCAACGCCGCCCCCACCCCGGCGCCGCUGGCUACCGGAAGUGGCGCUCGACGGCGGAGAUCUGCCAGGAGGAGGCGGGCGCUGGGGAGCCACGGCGGAGCCGGCGGGCGGGGCGGAGCGGGCCAGGCGCCGCCUCGCCUCCCCGCAAUGUGCUGUACGGCUACGCCGGGAGCGACUCGGAGUGCUCGGGCGGGCGGGGCGGCGGGGCGCGGCGGGCCCCCGUGUGCCGGCUGGAGGAGGGGCUGGCUUACGGCGACAGCGAGUCCAGCCUGAGUGAGGGCGGCUCGCCCGCCUUCAGCACCGGCUCCAGCGACACGGACGAGAGCAGCGGGCUGGUGUGGCCCCAGCAGCUCUCGCCGCAGCUGGUCGCCAGCGCGGGGCCCAGCCAGGCCGGCGGGCGGCCCAAGGUUUUUGUCAAGAUCAAGGCCUCGCACGCCCUCAAGAAGAAGAUUAUGCGCUUCCGAUCGGGCUCCCUGAAAGUGAUGACAACGGUGUGAGAUCCUGGGCUGGAGGGGUCUAAUCCCCCCCCCGUUGCCCCCUGCAGCCUCGGGGUGCCCCCGACCCACACCCUCUCCAGCCUUCUCCACCCCCCCAACCAACUCUGCCCCAUACCGCCCUGGCCGGGCGCAGUCUAACCCAUUCCCGCUCUAUGCCCCCUGCCUGGUGGUGCCCCCCAACAAACCCUGCCCCAUACCCUCCUGGCCUGGUGGGGGCACUGACCCCCCCCAUCUACUCCCUCCAGCUUGGAGUAUCCCCUGACCCAUACCCCUCCAGCCUGAUCCACCACACUCCAUACCCCGUGGCCUUUUGGGGAGGGGGGGUUGACUCACCCCCCCCCAUCUACCCUCCCAACCUGAUCCAACCCCUCCAGGAUUAUCCAGACCACCCCCACCCUCAGCCUGGGAAUGUCACUUGCCCCAACCCCCACCCUGACCCGCCCUAGCCUGGGGGUUCCCCUUGACCUCUUAUUCCACCCCCCAGCCUCGCAGGCCCCUGACCCAUCCUGGAUCCAUGCACCCCCAGCCUGGGGCCCCCCUCACCUCAUGCCCCCCACCCCUACUUGCCUUGGGAGGGGCAUGUCAUUCUUCCCUCCCAGCCAGCUUUGGGGCCCCUCUGAUCUCCUUUCCCGCUGGUCCAGUUCUCCUCCCCGGGUUGCCAAUUUUGGUUGGCCGUAUUUCAUCACAUGCCAUCAUCUUUAAUUAAAGAUUCGUCUUUAAUUCCUGGAGACUCCAGGAGAAUCCUGGAGGGGUGGCAACCCUUUCUCCUCCCCCUUUGCCCUACUCCCAGAUCCUCCUCCCCAAACCCUUCCCUGCCUGGCCCCGUGAUGCAAACAUCAGGCCGGAAGCUGGUCGGUUCAAGCCCCCAGGUUUCAUUUUUAGCAGAGGUGCAAGGUGCCCCCCUCGCCCCCUUACCUGUCUGCAUGGGCGGGGGGAUGCCAUGAUGGGGCAGGGGGCGCUGGCUGCUAGGGGUCAGUGGGUUACAUUGCAGCUGGGCAGCUGGUGCUAAAAUUAAUUCGGGAGGGAAUUGGGUGGGGGAGCUGCAGUCUGCCCUGGCUUCCCUUCACCAUUGUUCGUGAGCACUCACUUCCCUGGUGCGAGACCCUCGCUGCCAACCCCACUCCUGUCCCAGAGGAAAUGGCACUGGGGGAACCUUUUAGUGGGAAAAUCCUGAGGCCGAGCUGCAUCGGAGACGCUAACGGUGAAACUGGGGCACUAGUGAAAUUGUGGGUGCUGGGGUGACACCCCCUGCAUGGGGUGGUGAGCUGCGUUUGGGGCGCGAGCCAGGAGGUUGUGACGCUGAUGUGAUCAUGUCUGAACGGACGAGCUCUUUGGGUCUGUUAAUGGUGAUGCUGUGGGCACUAGUGAGCUUGUGCCCACACUCUGGCGGCUGGUACCGAGUCAUGGCUGGGGCACGAGCACUGUCAUCGUGCCCCACUAGUGUCACGAGCAUUGUAAUCAUGCCCCACUAGUGUUCAUCGGCUUGCAGAUUUUGCAGCCUGCUGGGAUCUGGACCCCACCAGGCUCACACCGGAAGACACCAUGAGCCCGGGAGCUGCUCACCAUCCCCCUCCGCGGCCGGGGCUGAGACUGACUCAGGGCAGCAUUUGGGGUGCAGGUGUGGGUUCCCCCUGCCCGGGGUUGUGCCCAUUCUGAGGCUAGACCAGGAAGGACCCCUUUCCAAGGGUCACCAUCUCAGCAGCGAUAAAAUUCCCAUCCCCAGAUGUGUGGGUUUCAUCUCUGCCAGGGAGGGGGUGGGAGCCCAGGGCUGGUUACUGAGGAGAUCCAGCCUGUUCCGUUACAUCGCUACCCUGAAAUAGACGCCCGUGCCCGCUACACAGAUAAUUAACUUGCCAACAGGAACACAGCUUGUGUUCUACCCCUGCCACCCGGCCCUGCUAGCGGGGGAACGGCUGGGCCAGCACUUCCGUGGAGCGACGUUCACCCCGUCGCAUGCUUUUUAAAGGAACGUAUUUAUUAUUCUGAUUUUGUAACGUAACUCCCCUGGAGUCUGCGCUGUACAUAGGUACCUCCCUGGAGUCUGUGGCAAAGCCCCCUGCCAGUCUUGUAUUUCUAUAUAUAAUUUCCCCCUCCU